AUGCGAAGGGGUGGCAAGGUCAUCCAACGCGGCUUCUCUUUCAUCUACGCAGUUCUAGGCUUCUCUGGACUUCCCCAAUACUUUCGUUCUCACGCCGAUGAAGGACAGACAAAUGCCCUCAAACACCAAACACCUACUACAAAACACGGGGUGGCCACAGGGGGUGCAAAGCCUCGUGGGCUGCAUAACACCGCAGAAGCGGAGCGGCGCGGCGGUUCGAUGACCAGAGGUUCCAGUUUUGCGAGCAAGAGAACAAAGAGUUUGCGUUCCUUGAACCCAAACAAAGACUGUUGUGUUGGGGUGCGAGCUUUCUCUCGGCGGCAGUUUCUGUUGCAGUACAACCCAGUGUUUGAUGUGUCAGUCUCCGUAGACUCGGCUGGCAUCCUAGAGUAUUGGGGCGGAGUCAGACAAGACUACAAGUUUCCAAAAUGUGCCAAAUUCGAAUCAAAACUGGACACCGAUCUUUUUGAGUUUGUAAAACACAAAACCAUUCCUUUUGGAUUGUGUUUUUCACCUGACGGAACAAAAUUCGCCACUAUGUCUUUUGAUCGUAAGGUUAGAGUAUUCAACUUCCUCACGGGAAAGCUGACUCGAGUGUUUGACGAAUCACUACAAAGGUUUUCCGAGCUGCAGCAGAAAAAACAACAACUACCGAACAUGGAGUUCGGAAGAAGGAUGGCUGUUGAGAGAGACCUAGACAAGUCUGACAGUCUAAGACUCAGCAAUCUGAUGUUUGACGAGAGCGGCUACCUGUUACUCUACCCCACCAUGCUGGGAGUCAAAGUGGUCAAUUGGUAUACAAACAGAUGUGUCCGAUUCCUGGGCAAGCCGGAGAACCUUAGAAUUCUCAAGAUUUCUUUGUUCCAGGGAAAGCCAAAGAAGUCCAAAGCUGCUGUAACUGUUGAGUUGGAAGCGUCUGAAAACCCUACUUUGGAUUCGCUCAAUCCUGAUCCUACCAUUUUCUGCACCGCCUUCAAAAAGAACAGAUUCUACAUGUUCACCAGGAGGGAACCUGAAGACACGAAGAGUGCUGAAGCUGACCGAGACGUCUUCAACGAGAAACCUUCAAAAGAAGACAUCAUUUCUGCCACAGAAGCGUCAAGUAUCCAGAGGCUGUACGACAGUGCGAUCGUACACACGUCGUUGGGAGAUAUCCACAUCAGUCUGUUCAAGGAGUGUCCUCGGGCCGUAGAGAACUUCUGUGUGCACAGCAAGAACGGCUACUACAACGGACACAUCUUCCAUAGAGUCAUCAAAGGCUUCAUGAUUCAGACCGGAGAUCCCACUGGUACGGGAGCAGGCGGAGAGAGUAUAUGGGGCGGAGAGUUUGAAGACGAGUUACGACCCAACCUGAGGCAUGAUCGGCCGUACACAGUCAGCAUGGCCAAUGCUGGGCCGAACACUAACGGCAGCCAGUUCUUCAUUACUGUCAUACCUACGCCGUGGCUCGACAACAAACAUACAGUGUUUGGUCGUGUAGUGAAAGGAAUGGAGGUUGUACAGAACAUCAGCAACGCCAAGACUAAUGCCAAGACUGACAAACCCUACGAUGAUAUCUCCAUCAUUAGCAUAUCCGUUAAAUGAAACAAAACAAUGGCUCUUACUGAAAAAAAAGUUGCCACUAUGUCUCAGUUGCUAGACGGAUCUUGCAUUUGUUACAAUUUCAGGAAACUUUUCAGAAAACUAAAACUGCCAAUAUGACAUUUGUAAUCAAUGUGCAAACAGUUAGGGCAUUUGGGGGAAGUGUUAGGAAACAGUAAGAAGGUGAAACACCUUAAAUAAUUUGAAAUGAGUAAUUCCUCCAUUUCUAAGAUAUGGCAAAACCAAUUAUCUAAUACAAAAUAUUAUCAAAGGGAAUGAAUCAGCCAUCAUAUUAGCUGUCAAAUAGCCUACUGUUG